GCGGCGAGGGCGUGGCCGUGGCCGCGGCGCUCCGGCGGGGGCUGGCCUUGGGCUCCCGCUGUCGGGGUCCCACAGUUUCUAGCCGCCCCUCUCCUCAGUGCCCGGUGGCCCGGGAGGGCCUGGGAGCCCGAGGCCGUCCCCGAGUCGCUCCUGGGUCACUGGCACGAUGCAGGCCGUUCUCUCGGCUGAUGGGUUGGAAGCCCAGCGAGGCUAGAGGCCAGUCCCAAAGUCUCCAGGCAUCAGGGCUGCAGCCCAAGAGCCUCAAGGCGGCCGGGCGGGCGACUGGACGGCCGGACAGCCUGGCUUGCUGGCUGCCCGUCUGGUUUGCUGUGUUGUGUCUCCAGUGGCUUUAGCUUCCAACAGGAAAUCUGUGACCCAGGAAGUAGCAAUUAAACACCUGGGAUGCUGCCUCAAGGCUGGUGUGUGCUCUGAGGUAAGUUCCGAUUUGCCAAAGCACAUCUGUCGCCCGAGUCUUCACGCCCUGACUGCCUCCAUCAUUUUAAACAUCGGGAGCAGUUGCCUGCGGCGAGGUUCAGAUGCCAGCCAGGGGCACAGCCUGUGAACUCUGGGUAGAUGGCAAAGUCUAGCAUUUCUAGCAAAGGAAAAACAUUUGGUGACUCUCUGGGUAAAUUUCUGACUGAGGUGAAGACACCCAUUGUGAGGCAGCAUCCUCACAUACAGCGGAAGCCUGGGCUGUAUGUUUACAAGAGGAGGAGCAGGAGUGGCCACAACCAUGUACGCCAGGGGCUGCCUGGCCGCAGCUCUGGUCUGCUCCCUGGAGCCCCUCCACCAGUGCUGGGCUGUGGCUGUGGCUGUCUCUGGUUUGUCUUUCUGGGAAACCUUGGCCAGGUUGGCAUGAGGGCAGGGCCAGCCUUGGACAUUUGCACUUUCCAUAGCAGCCUCUGGCCCAGAGCUCACCCGCUGUGGGCAAGUGAACAGGGUGAUCAGGGCUCAUUGGUCCCCUCCUCUGCACCUGGAGCCUUGUGGGUUUAGAACAGAAAAAUAGGAGGGGGCAACCCAGAGGCCUCCUGAUCUCCAGAAAGGGAUGGGUGCUGGGCAGGUCCAGGGUGGAGGCAGACGGAGUGAGGGGCCCUUGGGGAAACAUCUGUCCUAGAGGGCUUGAUCUCCAGGACCACCCACCCCACUCCUACCCCUAAUCUGGCGUUCCUCACCUGCACGCCUCCGGGAAGUCCUCACCUGAGGUCUGCAGCGGGUGUGCCAAGUGCUGGCCCCACAUCACCUGCUCCCACCCCUGCCCAGAGCAUGGGGCCUGCAGCUAGUGCCCUUGGGGUCGGCUUGACCCAGUCCCGGCCCAGAGCCUCUCCCAUGGCCUCAGGAGGACAAGAUGGUCAGGGAAGCCCAGGGGAUGAGCCCUUUUGUCCACAAGCUUCCCUCUGAGGUGGCCAGGCUGUGUGUGCGACCCCACAGCCCCCAACUCUCAUGAACAGUGGGGAUGGGGCAGGCCCCUCGCUGGUGGCCCCUAAGCAGGUACACUCUGUCCCCUUUGAGGAGAGACCUCCCAGAUGGAGGGAUACAAGUGCUGGGUCCUGGCUGGGGUGCUCCUCCUCCCUGCCUGUGGGGGUCUCACUCUUGCCUCCUGCCUCCACCACAAACACCCCCUAGAGAGGCCUUCGGAGGCAGGUACUGAGCCCCGGGGCCGGGGGCCGGAAGGCCAGUGGCAGGUGGUCUUGGGUGACUGCUGGCCCUGGGCAGUGGUGAGGAAGACAGGCAGGCGGCUGCAGGAAGGAGCUGAGGAGAAAGGCGGCAGAGCCUAAAAAGCUGCUGGCCCCUUCAGAGGGUCCCGGAUGUUGAGCUCCCGAGCCUGGGAGCUGCCUGCACGGGGUGUGUCUGCACACUGGCGCCACAGAAGGGUCGGCGGGAGGCAGGCAUGGCCGGAGACCCCGCUCAGAUGAGGCGGCCACGCCGGGGCAGUGCCACGCUGGACAGAAGGGGCUGCCUUGGCAGCGUGACACACCCCAGAACCUUGGGGUGGGGGCCCUGCAGGGGAGCCAUGAGCAGGUGCCAGGGCUAUAGGCCCUUGUAUGCUCACAUCCCAGCGCCCGAGGAGAGGCGUGGAGUGGGCAGGCGCACCCAACUCCCCUGUCCGGGCUCCUCUCCCUUGUUGGGGCAACCCUCAGCAAGUGGGAGGCUGGUUCCAGGCACGAGAAGUGAGGCCGGGGAGGAAGCCCUGCCCGUGUUCGGCCCAGUUGUGCCCCAACUCUGGUGGGCUUCCAUGAGGGACAGCCUCUGGGAGGGUGGGGCUUUGUGGGCCAGAGCUGGGAGCUGCCUGGCUGUGCUAAAAAUACUGGGCAUGCUGCAGACAGGUGCCCGUCUGGGGCACGGGCCACCCUGUCUCAGGCUGAUGGCCUUGGCACCCCACCCCGCUGCGCCUGUGAGGUGGGGGCCACCGAGGCUUGGUCUUGAUUCCCAGAGGUCCUGCUGGUGGCCUCCCUGACAUCUCUGCCCUUUGCCCAUCCCCCCAAGGGCAAGGCUGGGCACAGGACACUGGUCCACGCAUGGGGCGCCCUGCCCCUGUCUUGUUGGAAAGGUCCAGUGGCAUAUGGCUGGGGUCCAUGCCUGCGGGUCGGGCAGGUGUGGCCGCUGGCCUGGGCUAAGCUGGCUCUGGCUGAGAGUCUGGGCGCAGAGACAGGGCGUCCCUGCUGCAGAAGGAUCACUGUGGGCUAGGCUGGCUCUGGCUGAGAGUCUGGGCGCAGAGACAGAGGGCACCCCCCGUGCUGCAGAAGGAUCACAGCGUGGGCUCAUGGCAUUGACUUUUUCGCGGUCCCAAGUCUUUCAUCUCGGUUGCCAGGCCCAUCUCAGGGCUCGGCAGAUGCGUGUCCCCUGCUAGCAAAGACCUCCAGUCAGUUCUGCGGCUGCCUGUGAUGGGUCCCGCUCCGGCUCAGUGUCGGUUCUGCGGCUGCCUGUGAUGGGUCCCGCUCCGGCUCAAUGGAGGUGUCUGGCAGGGAGGAGGCCCCGGCUUAGCGUGACGCCAGCUGUGGCCAAUUCUGGGGGGAUCCUGGCAAGGAGGAGGUUGCAUGUGGAUCUGGUGGAGGUGGAUGGCCUGGCAGGGGGUGGGGCCCGCACCCCUAAGGAGCAGUACCCCUGUCACUCGUCCCCCCGCCAGCAGACUGCUGCGUCGGCCUCCCCGGCUGUGCCAUUCUGCGGGGAAGGUCCCUGUGUAGAGGAGGCUGGAGUGGGGGAGCUCAGCCCAGGCCACGCCUCACCCUUCUUGGGCACUCCAUGGGCAAAAGCUGAGGACAGUGUGUGGAUCCUGGGAGCAGGAACCCUGCAGAGCCUGCCCCCAGCUGGUGGCAGAGCAGGCAGUGGGGAGCUGCUGGGGCAGGAGGGGUGACCUCCCUCCAAGACAGCCCCCGUGGGGUCUGCAGGGAUCUGGAGAGUCAAGGGUCAUGGCCAGGGUGGGGCCGCGGAGCUGGGCUGGCCGGUGGAACUGUGUCCCCCUGGACAUGCUCUGGGUGAGGCGUAGUCAGUGCUGGGAUGGCUGGAAGUGGCCUCUGCUGGGCGGGUCCUCGGGACACGGGGGCUGCCGCUAUCACAGAAGCCUGGCACAGAUUCUCUCUGGUUCUUAUGUUUUGUUCACUCACGCAGCCAUUCAGUCAAAGCUGCAGCUGGUGGGGUCCUGGCCAAACAUAGGACGCGGCAGUGCACCACCUGGGGGCUGCCCUCAGAGGCCCGCCCAGGGGAACAGUGCCACAGAGGCCCAUGGGGAGGGCCUGUGGGUCACCCUGGGUGGUGGCUGGGCUCCUGGCUCCGCGGGGCCUCUGAGGGCAAGGUGGGGCCGCUCUGGCUGCCACCUGUGGAAGCUGACCAUGCAGAGGCCCAGCCAGGAGGCUGCAGAAGGCCGUGGGGAGGGCAGAGCCAGCCACCUUCCCUGAUGGCUGUGGAGCUGCCCACGGGACCCAUCUCCUUGUCUGGGGCUCACUGGUGCCACAGGAAAAAGCAGCCCUGGCCCAGGCCUUGGUGCACAUCUUGGCAGGAUCUCGCCCCAGGUGAGGGGGCAGUGUCACCCAACAGGUGAGGCCUCUGGACAGAUGAGGCCACGUGGGGUUUCCCUGAAGAAGCAGAGCCUGGCUGCUGGGUGGGGGCUCCUCUUUGUCACUGACAGGGAGAGCUGUGCUUUUAAAACAUCCCCCCGUCCUGUGGAAGCCCUGGCGGUUCUGGGCAAGUUGAGGAGAGAGAACUGUAGAGGCCAAGCUGGCCAGGUUUGUGCCCCUGAGAAUUAGAGGGAGUCCCAUGCUCACAUGCAGCUGGGGCACGGUGAGGAGCCCAGCCCUGCAGGCGAGCCCUUGCGCUGGACUCAGUCUCUGGAGUGGGGCUGGGCUCCUCACCGGGCCUUGCUCGGGGGACAACCUGUGGGACUCAGGCCCCUGAGCCAGAGCAGGAGUCGGGGGCUUUGCUGUGGCCCCUCCUCACUGCCCAUCUGCAGCCUCCCCUGGGCCAGGGUGUCUCCUGAACUGGCCUGAGAUGCAAAGUGCUGGGCUGCAGCGCAGCCCAGGUGGAAGGCUGACAUGUGAGGCCCAGGCUGGCCUGUGUCCUGGAGUUGGCAGGGCCCCCUUCCAUCCUCAGCCACAUCCACCCAGCCUCAGGGGUCCCUCCAGCCUCCUGGGACUGCCGUGUCCCCCACCUCUGCUUCAGGCAGUGCUCCUGGGCUGCCUCCUUCCCCGGCCAUGGGGUCCUAGUGGUUUAAUGAGAAGUGAGUAGGGGCCCUCCCCUCCCCCAGACAGGGUCUUGCUUUGCCCGCCAGGCUGGAGUGCAGUGAUGCGAUCACAGCCAGCUGUAGCCUCUACCUUCUGAUUUGCCCUCUUAACGUUCACAUCCAUUCUUCUUGUUAACGAGACUGUGCUGAAGCCCAGCACGGUGGAGAGGGCAGCCCACGGUGACUCACAUCUGCAGAGUGAGCUCUCGGGGGUCAGCACCCAGAUUCGGGAUUAGCAGUCCUGGGCCUGGAGCCCUGUGGCUGGCUCCAUCCCUGCUUCCAGCAGCCUGGAAUGUGCACCUCUGUGUAAAUGGAGCCACCUGGCAUUUGCACUUGGCUACUUCCCUCCAUCUGCUGGUGACCUCUGGCCUGUGCUCUUUGUGGUGAGUGGGUCCCUGCUUGGUUGGGACUCAACCCCGCUUCAGGAGCCCGUGGCCACUGAGGACCCAGGGACCUGCCUGUGCUCAAGUGUCUGGCCUCUGUUGUGGGUGCGUGGCGUGGCCAGGGCCACUUUUCCAGAGAAGGCUCCGGGGUGCUGUCUGGCCUCGCUGCACUGUCCCUGACGCGCAGGGUCCAAAGCUGGCAUCCCCCAGGAGCAGUGUCUGGGGACAGAGACGCCCCCAGGUCCUUGCUGGCCAGUGCCUGCUGGUCUUGUAUGGUGCCUGCGUCGUGUUUGCCAUUUUUCUGUUGCGUUGUCUGAUGUUUUCAUGUGGAUCGCAGGAGUUCCUCACCCUGUGUGUGUGUGGACACAAGUCCUCUGAGGGACACAUGUCACGGUGUCUGCUCACGUGCCGCUGCCCGUCCAACCAUGUCCCGAGCAGCCCCGCCCAACAUGGACCCAGACCCCCAGGCGGGCGUGCAGGUGGGCAUGCGGGUGGUGCGCGGCGUGGACUGGAAGUGGGGCCAGCAGGACGGCGGCGAGGGCGGCGUGGGCACGGUGGUGGAGCUUGGCCGCCACGGCAGCCCCUCGACACCCGACCGCACGGUGGUCGUGCAGUGGGACCAGGGCACACGCACCAACUACCGCGCCGGCUACCAGGGCGCGCACGACCUGCUGCUCUACGACAACGCCCAGAUUGGCGUCCGGCACCCCAACAUCAUCUGUGACUGCUGCAAGAAGCACGGGCUGCGGGGGAUGCGCUGGAAGUGCCGCGUGUGCCUGGACUACGACCUCUGCACGCAGUGCUACAUGCACAACAAGCACGAGCUUGCCCACGCCUUCGACCGCUAUGAGACAGCCCACUCACGCCCUGUCACGCUGAGUCCCCGCCAGGGCCUCCUGAGGAUCCCACUAAGGGGCAUCUUCCAGGGCGCGAAGGUGGUGCGAGGCCCCGACUGGGAGUGGGGCUCACAGGAUGGAGGGGAAGGGAAACCAGGCCGUGUGGUGGACAUCCGUGGCUGGGAUGUGGAGACAGGCCGGAGUGUGGCCAGCGUGACGUGGGCUGAUGGUACCACGAACGUGUACCGUGUGGGCCACAAGGGCAAGGUGGACCUCAAGUGUGUGGGCGAGGCAGCAGGCGGCUUCUACUAUAAGGACCACCUCCCAAGGCUUGGCAAGCCGGCCGAGCUGCAGCGCAGGGUGAGUGCUGACGGUCAGCCCUUCCAGCACGGGGACAAGGUCAAAUGUCUGCUGGACACUGACGUCCUGCGGGAGAUGCAGGAAGGCCACGGCGGCUGGAACCCCAGGAUGGCGGAGUUUAUCGGACAGACGGGCACCGUGCAUCGCAUCACGGACCGCGGGGACGUGCGCGUGCAGUUCAACCACGAGACGCGCUGGACCUUCCACCCCGGGGCGCUCACCAAGCACCACUCCUUCUGGGUGGGCGACGUGGUCCGGGUCAUCGGCGACCUUGACACGGUGAAGCGGCUGCAGGCUGGGCAUGGCGAGUGGACGGACGACAUGGCCCCUGCCCUGGGCCGCGUCGGGAAAGUGGUGAAAGUGUUUGGAGACGGGAACCUGCGUGUAGCAGUCGCUGGUCAGCGGUGGACCUUCAGCCCCUCCUGCCUGGUGGCCUACCGGCCCGAGGAGGAUGCCAACCUGGACGUGGCUGAGCGCGCCCGGGAGAACAAAAGCUCACUGAGCGUGGCCCUGGACAAGCUUCGGGCCCAGAAGAGUGACCCGGAGCACCCGGGAAGGCUGGUGGUGGAGGUGGCGCUGGGUAACAUGGCCCGGGCUCUGGACCUGCUGCGGAGGCGUCCAGAGCAGGUGGACACCAAGAACCAAGGCAGGACCGCUCUGCAAGUGGCUGCCUACCUGGGUCAGGUGGACUUGGUACGGCUGCUGCUACAAGCCAGGGCGGGCGUGGACCUGCCGGACGAUGAGGGCAACACGGCGCUGCACUACGCGGCCCUGGGGAACCAGCCUGAGGUCGGCAGGGUGCUCCUGAAUGCUGGGUGCCGGGCAGAUGCCAUCAACAGCACCCAGAGCACAGCGCUGCACGUGGCCGUGCAGAGGGGCUUCCUGGAGGUGGUGCGGGCCCUGUGUGAGCAUGGCUGUGACGUCAACCUGCCUGAUGCCCACUCGGACACGCCCCUGCACUCCGCCAUCUCGGCGGGCACUGGCGCCAGUGGCAUCGUCGAGGUCCUCACGGAGGUGCCAAACAUCGAUGUCACCGCCACCAACAGCCAGGGUUUCACCUUGCUGCACCAUGCCUCCCUCAAAGGCCACUCGCUAGCUGUGAGAAAGAUUCUGGCUCGGGCACGGCAGCUGGUGGACGCCAAGAAGGAGGACGGCUUCACGGCGCUCCACCUGGCCGCCCUCAACAACCACCGUGAGGUGGCCCAGAUCCUCAUCCGGGAGGGCCGCUGUGACGUGAAUGUGCGCAACCGGAAGCUGCAGUCCCCGCUGCAUCUAGCCGUGCAGCAGGCCCAUGUGGGGCUGGUGCCACUGCUGGUGGACGCUGGGUGCAGUGUCAACGCCGAGGACGAGGAGGGGGACACAGCCCUGCACGUGGCGCUGCAGCGUCAUCAGCUGCUGCCCCUGGUGGCUGAUGGGGCCGGGGGGGACCCAGGGCCCUUGCAGCUGAUGUCCAGGCUACAGGCCUCGGGCCUCCCCGGCAGCACGGAGCUGACGGUGGGCGCGGCGGUCGCCUGCUUCCUGGCGCUGGAGGGCGCCGACGUGAGCUACACCAACCACCGCGGCCGGAGCCCGCUGGACCUGGCCGCCGAGGGCCGCGUGCUCAAGGCCCUUCAAGGCUGCGCCCAGCGCUUCCGGGAGCGACAGGCGGGCGGGGGCGCGGCCCCAGGCCCCAGGCACGCGCUCGGGACCCCCAACACCGUGACGAACCUGCACGUGGGCGCCGCGCCGGGGCCCGAGGCUGCUGAGUGCCUGGUGUGCUCCGAGCUGGCGCUGCUGGUGCUGUUCUCGCCAUGCCAGCACCGCACCGUGUGCGAGGAGUGCGCGCGCAGGAUGAAGAAGUGCAUCAGGUGCCAGGUGGCCGUCAGCAAGAAGCUACGCGCAGGUCGCGCCCCGCCCUCCCAAGGCUCAUACCCUGGCCCUAGCCCCGCCAGAGGUCACGGCCUGCUGCAGACCACACCCUGCCCAUACCCCGCCUCAAGCCGGCCCCAGCUCUGCCUCCAAGUCACACCCACUCCACCAACUCCUUCCAGGUCACACCCCGUCCCAGACGGCUCUGAGGUGGCGAGCGCCGCCCCCGCCCCCGGCCCGCCGCGCCAGCUGGUGGAGGAGCUGCAGAGCCGCUACCGGCAGAUGGAGGAACGUAUCACCUGCCCCAUCUGCAUCGACAGCCACAUCCGCCUCGUGUUCCAGUGCGGCCACGGCGCAUGCGCCCCCUGCGGCUCCGCGCUCAGCGCCUGCCCGAUCUGCCGCCAGCCCAUCCGCGACCGCAUCCAGAUCUUCGUGUGAGCCGCGCCGCCCGCCACGCCCGAGCUGCCUUCGCGAGCCCCCGCCCUGUGUUUUAUAAAAAGAUUCUCGGACGUUG